AACCGAAGAACGCAGAGAGAAAGAAAAGCCGUGUGCGGUGCCCUCGCACGACGUAAAUGCGUAUUAACAAUGGAUCCCGUAACGUCGGCGUUCGAACAAGGAAGGCAUUGAAAAUUUCUUGUUCAAACCAAACAGGCUCAAAUAUGGUGGACUGCCAUUGGCAGGUAGUAGUUUUGCAGUUUCACGUUAAUUACAGCUUUAGAAAUUUUAGCAAACCAACGAACGAACAAUAUGAAUCGUAACACAUUUUUUCGACGGAAUGUAUGUAUAGUAGAAAUAAGAGAUUCGAGACGAUCGAAGUUUCGUCGGAUUGAUUUGUUGAACGGAUUCAACUGGAUUGAAUAAAAGUAAGAGAAAUGGAUGGAACAAGAGCGGCCGAGGUUCUACCUUUACUUCAAGAUCGUUUGGCUAUACUUCCCGGUGGCCGAGAUCGCAGAGGUGGACCCGUACUCGUUUUUCCAACUACUCCGAGACGCGAACGGACUAAACCCGAGGACUAUCGUCGUCUUUUGCAAUAUCUCUUAACCGUACCUGGCGACGAAGCUAGGGGUUUGCGUUUCACCGUGAUAGUGGAUAUGCGCGGUGCUACCUGGGAUUCCGUCAAACCCAUUCUAAAGGUGUUGCACGAGCAUUUUCAUCGAUCUGUCCAUGUGGCUUUCAUUAUAAAACCUGAAAACUUCUGGCAGAAACAACGAACGUCGUUAGCUAAGCAAAAGAAAUAUAAUUUUGAGAUAAAUACCAUCAGUUUGGAGGCUUUGACGAAAGUGAUCGAUCCGUCGCAGCUAACUGCGGAUUUAGAUGGAUCUUUACAAUACGAUCAUGCUCAAUGGAUCGAUACGAGACUAGCUGUAGAAGACUUUACGUGGCAAGCGGGUGAGCUUCUAGACAGAUUGGACGAUUUGCAGGAGGAUCUGAGUCGAAACGACUUUGCGGAUGACGCAUCCGGUGCGAAACACGGGAUCGAUUUACACAAUGAAAUGAAGAAGAAAAUUAUGAAAGUUCCGGUCGAAGAGAUCCAAGUUAUCGGUCAACGAUUAUUACAACGUUUCAACAAUGGUAUUAGCGGUGCUGGUAGCGAAGGAGGUAGCAUCGAAAGUGGUGCUGCAGGCGGUACCGAUCCGGACGGACGAGCGUUAGCAGCCUUGGUAAUUCAGCAUUUGGAUUCUCUACACGCUGCGCAACAACAUCUUUUGCAGUUGUGGCAUAUUAAGAAAAUGAAAUUGGAUCAGUGUUUCCAACUGAGACUGUUCGAGCAGGAUUGUGAAAAGAUGUUCGAUUGGAUUUGUCACAACAGAGAAGGAUUUUUGGCGAAUUACGUUGAGAUCGGUCGUUCCUAUCAGCUAGCAAAAACUUUGCAAGAAGAACAUAAGCAUUUCACGAUGAGCUCGAUGAACGUUUAUGUAAAUAUAAAUCAAAUUUUGACGGCCAGCCGUUUACUUGAAACUCAGCACUACGCUGCUGGACACGUAAGAGCUGUGGCCAGUCGGCUGGAUCGAGCUUGGAAAGAAUUUGCCGCGGGACUCGACGAACGUACAGCGGUCCUUGGUUUGAGCGUUGUAUUUCAUCAUAAGGCGGAACAAUACGUCGAUAACGUUGCGGGAUGGAGUCAAGCUUGUGAUGUUGGAAAUUUGCCUAAUGAAAUUCCAAUCUUAGAAUCGCAUAUACGACAGCACCAAAGUCUUUACGAAGCUAUGUGUCAAGCUUAUACGGAGGUGCAUAGUACCAGUAAGAAGCUUCUUUAUCAACUGGAUCACCUGGUGCAAGUCUGUAAUCAACCGCAAGGAAUAGACCAUACAACCAGAAAACAUAGUCAAGAUGGACACGGAAUCGAUGGACAUACUGGCAUGAGCGGAAAUCCAGCGGCGGAUUAUAGCGAGGGUGCGUCGCACGUGUUGGCAGUGAUCCAUCAAAUUUUGGGUCAUCACAGAGCGUUGGAAGCUCGUUGGCAUGCCCGGAAAGUGAAAUUACAUCAACGACUUGCAUUAAGAUUGUUUCAAGAGGAUGUGAAGCAAGUUUUAGAUUGGUUAACCAACCACGGUGAAGUUUUCAUUCGGAAGAAUACGGGUGUAGGUCGUAAUCUUCAAAAAGCACGAGUAUAUCAGAAAAGUCACGAACAUUUUGAAAACGUUGCACAGAAUACUUAUACGAACGCCACCAAACUACUUACCGCUGCUCAAGAGUUAGCUCACACUGGGGAAUGCGCGGCCGACGAAAUAUAUGCAGUUGCACAAGAAUUGGAAGCUCACGUCAGUAGUUUUGCGGCAAGAGUCGAACAACGACGUCGAAGAUUAGAUUUGGCAGUUGUUUUUUAUACCCAUGAAAAAGAGUUGAGCGGUUGGGUAGACGAGUUACGACAAGAAUUGCAACAGGAUGAAGUUGCAGAAAAUUUGGAAACAGCGGAAAGAUUGUUGGAACAGUGCGCGCAACAUCGAGCAUCCUGUUUGGAAGCUUGUGCGUCGACUAUCGUUCAAGGCGAAGCGUUGCUCCGAGAACUUCGAGAAUCUACCGAUGCUCCCGAUACCACUGGUUCUAUCGCAGCGGUAGAAGCUGCGCUCGAUAGGUUAGCUGGUUUGAGGCAGGAGUUGGAAGAAUUAUGGGCUACCCGAAAACUGAGAUUGGAACUGUGCUUACGGCUGCGCGUAUUCGAGAGGGACGCAUUGGAAGCGAGCGGCCAGUUAGAAAUGUGGGCUCAAGAAUUGCAAGGUCCACCUAGAGAGGGUUCUCCCGAACAAUUGUUACGUGUACAUAACGAUGGUGUUGCUCAUAUGCAAAACACUGCUUUCCAGGUUCUACAACAAGGUCAAGAACUCGCUCAGGUAUUGGAACAAGCUGGUGUUUGCAUUAUGGCGGAUGGGCAGCACAGUGCUGCAGCUAGGGUGCAAGUACUUUUAGAGUUUUUAAACGAAAGGGAAAUGGACGCCGAGGAUUUGGCAGAGAUGAGAAGAGUUCGAUUAGAACAGGCUUCUCAAUUGGUUCAGCUGCAGACCGAUGCUACUCACGUAGCUAGUUGGAUUCGUAACGGAGAGGCGAUGCUGUUGGCAUCUCUGCGAGUUCCAGAAAAUCUUCAAGACGCCGAACAACUUCGUUUGGAACACGAACAGUUUCAAGUCGCUAUAGAAAAGACUCAUACUUCAGCCGUUCAGGUAAAACACAGAGCGGACGCGUUGGUCAGCGCGAAUCACUAUGAUCCGAAAAGUAUAAGGGAAGUAGCCGAGGAUGUUACGAAGAGAUGGCAACAGCUAGUUACCUGCGCGGAGGAGAGGCAUAAAUUAGUAACUGCUAGUAUUAAUUUUUACAAGACGGCCGAACAAGUACGUUCCGUGCUGGAUAGUCUGGAACGGGAGUACAAACGUGACGAGGAUUGGUGCGCUUCUGGCGAUAAAGCUGGACAAGUACCGACGCUCGUUGGCAAACAUCAAGAACAGAAGGAAGCAUUUUUAAAAGCGUGCACGUUGGUACGACGAACUGCGGAAACAUUCCUCAAGUAUACGAACCGCAGUCUUCAGUUUUACAGUUACCAGGCGAAUAGCGCUGGUUCUGAGAACAAAGUUAAAAGUAUUUUGGAAGAGUUGCUAAGUAAAGAAAAUCGAGUACUCGAAUAUUGGACGCAACGUAAAAAGCGUUUGGAUCAAUGUCAUCAGUACGUUCUAUUCGAACGUAGUGCCAAGCAGGCUUUAGAGUGGAUACGAGAAACAGGCGAAUUAUAUUUAGCCACGCAUACUAACGUUGGCAAAAAUCGGAUCGAAAAUGAGCAAUUGUUGCGGGAACAUAACGAAUUCAAAGGCGCUGCAAAGGAAACGAGAGAAAGGGUAAAACUGUUGAUUCAACUUGCCGACAAUUUAGUGGAGAAAGGGCACGCUCAUGCAGCGGCGAUUAAGCAGUCGGUCGCUGAGGUGGAUCAGCGAUACAAAUGCUUUAGCUCGCGUAUGGAUUAUUAUAAAACUCAAAUCGAGGAUGAUCUAGGAAUUCAAUCGGACGAUGGACAGAAGGAUCUGUCGAUCGAUCGAAAUUCGGAUCCGUUGCUCGAAGAGAAGAUUAAAGGGAAAGAUCUGAAGGAAUUGAACGAAGAGAAGCGGAGAUCGGCUCGACGUAAAGAAUUCAUCAUGGCUGAACUACUACAAACGGAACGAACUUAUGUGAAAGAUUUGGAGACGUGUAUUCGGUGCUUUUUGGAAGAAACGCGAUCCGGCAAAGGAAACAUUCCGUCUGGAUUGCAAGGUCGAGAAUCGAUCAUUUUUAGUAACAUGGAAGAGAUUCAUCAAUUUCAUAGUAACAUAUUUCUUCGCGAACUGGAAAAAUACGAAACUAUGCCAGAAGACGUUGGACAUUGUUUCGUAACUUGGGCACCGAAAUUCGACAUGUACGUAAUGUAUUGCAAGAACAAACCAGAAAGUAAUCAGUUUUUGGUUACUCACGGUGGAACUUGGUUCGAAGAGUUGCAAAGAAAACAUCGAGUCGAACAUCCGAUUGCUGCCUAUCUAAUUAAACCUGUUCAAAGAAUUACGAAAUAUCAAUUAUUGCUGAAAGACCUUCAGGCUUGCUGCCAAGAGGGACAGGGCGAGAUAAAGGACGGCUUAGAAGUAAUGUUGAACGUGCCUAAGAAGGCGAACGAUGCCUUACAUUUGAGCAUGCUGGAAGGUUGCGACGUCAGAAUAGACACGUUAGGCGACGUAGUAUUGCAGGACUCUUUUACAGUUUGGGAUCCUAAGCAGUUGAUUAGAAAAGGGAGAGAUCGUCACAUAUUUCUGUUCGAGUUUCAUCUACUCUUUAGCAAAGAGGUUAAAGAUUCAGCAGGAAAGGUUAAGUAUAUUUAUAAAAGUCGUCUGAUGACUUCUGAAUUGGGAGUGACCGAGCACAUCGAAGGGGAUGAGUGCAAAUUCGCCGUUUGGACCGGUCGUGCACCUACCAGCGAUACACGGGUCGUUCUACGCGCUAAUUCGAUGGACGCUAAACAAUUGUGGGUGAAACGUUUACGCGAAGUUAUUCAGGAAACGUACUUCAGUUUGAGCAUGCCAAAAAGUCCUGCCAAGAAGAGUUCCAGUCAACGUUCCAGUAGGGAUCUCGAGGAAUGUGCUUCCCUGGACGACAGUGUUGAAAAUUUGGAUAGGAAUUCUUUGGCAUCGUUUGGAUCGACCAAUACCACAGACUCUGAUAAGACUGGCGUAGCCGAAGUGACUUGGGUUAUCGCGGAUCAUUUGGCGGCACCAGGUUCCAGAGAGUUGACGGUAACAAAGGGUCAGCAGGUCGAAGUAUUGGAAAAUGGGAGUAACAUAAGCGGUGUAAAUACAGCCGAAUGGACCCAUGUGCGUCUGCUCGUUGCACCCGGACAAGUUGAUCCUCCACCAGAGGGAUUGGUACCUACUAGUGCGCUUAAACAACCACCGCCUGUUUCCAGUAAGACUUCGCCAUCUAGAAAAGCUCCGACCCAACAACAACAACAACAACAACAGCAACAGCAGUAUCAUCAACAGCUAUCUAGUAAUCAGAUUCAAAGUACCUCGCCAAGCGGAAUCGUAACGACUGUGGUAUCCUCGGCCACGAUAGGAACCGGAGGGUCGUCUUCGUGCUCCUCCUCAUCGUCUUCGUCGGUGAUCACCGGCGUACCGUCCACCGGAUUUACCGUUCACAAUGUUCAGAAUGUAGUUGCACCUCUACUGCCGGACGAAGCAGAAAAUGUUAUCGCGAGUGAUGGAAGCACCGGUACGAAUACAAGCUCUCCAGGAAACAAGAGGCGCGGUUUCAGUGGGAGAAAGUGGCUACCCCCGCCGUUACGCAAACUUAGCCAAGGUAAAGUUGAGAAAUCGAGUGCUACUACGAUUACAGCAACGCCGGGAUCGGCUGGCAUUUCGAUUCCCGCAACGGUCACCACUGCAACCACGACCACGAUCGCAACACCGACACCGCCACCGCCGCCGCCACCGCCGUUAACGUCGACUUCGACGUCGACGUCGACCAUCACGGCUACCGAUCGUUCCUCCUUGAAGAAGAACAUUUCCGGAAAGCGAUUUAAAUUGCCGAGUGGAGCUGAUCAAACUCGAACAUCCAGAGCCGCCUCUGUCUCUAUAACGACCUUAACGUCUGCAGCUGCGUCUAUGCGAGUAUCAUCCGGUUCGGUAACAGACGUGGAUUUCGACACGACCGAACUUGUGCGAACGACGAUCGAACCGGAAACAGAAGAGGAAGAAGGAGAGAUCGAACAAUCGGAAGCCGAGUUGGAAGAAGAUACGACGGAGCCCGAUGACGCCGAGACGUUGACUUACUCGGAACAAAAUGGAGCGGACGAUGCCGAAGACGAAUUGGAACUUCCACCGCCGAUGAAGCCUAUUACCGAACCGAUACUCGUAGGGACUUCUAACGGAUCCUCCAGCUCUACAAUUUCAACGGAAACUGGCGGAAAAUCUCGAUCGGUUUUCUUUUUCUUUCCGCAGACGUCCGAGCGAUCCACGAAAAUUCUUGACGGUGCUACGACAGCCGACUUGGCUGAAAUCGAGCAGAUCGUAAAGGAGAGAAUGGAACAACACACGGAAAAUCUAGAGAGACAGAGCCUUAUGAGAACGCCUAGUGGUAAAAGUUCGUCGAACGUCGGAAGCGGCAGUGAAGAUACUCGCGAGGAAGAAGACUCUUUACCAACAACGAUGAGUAUCGCUAGCAUUACGAGCCCAAUGGCGACGGCGACGGCGACGGCGACGGCGACGGCGACAACGAGCAGUCCGGUACAUACGAAUCCAGACGAACACGAUCCGGAAAGUACGGCCCUUGCGAAACGACAGUUUGUUAUUCGAGAGUUGGUGGACACGGAAAAGGAUUACGUAAAUGAUUUGAAACAAAUAGUCGAAGGGUAUAUGGCGUUGAUGCGAGAUCCUGAAUGUGAGAUUUCGUUACCUGAUGAUUUGCGCGGUGGAAAAGACAAGAUGGUAUUCGGUAAUAUAGAGGCGAUCUACGAAUGGCACAGAGAUUUCUUUCUGAAAGCUUUGGACCGUUGUUUGGAACGUCCCGAAGAACUUGGCCCAUUGUUCAAACGGUACGAAAGAAAAUUGCACAUGUAUGUGGUGUAUUGUCAGAAUAAACCAGUCUCCGAGUAUAUCGUCUCCGAGUAUAUUGACACUUAUUUCGAGGAAUUGAGACAAAAGCUCGGACACCGAUUGCAGUUGUGCGAUCUUUUGAUAAAACCAGUUCAGAGGAUCACAAAAUACCAGCUUCUUCUUCGAGAGGCAUUGAGACUUACCGAACGAACUCAAAGAGUUGCAGAAAUCGAAGGUCUUAGAGCUGCGGUUCAUGUGAUGCGUGUCAUUCCAAAAGCGGCCAAUGACAUGAUGGAUGUUGGCAGGCUCCAAGGCUUCGACGGAAAGAUAACAGCGCAAGGGAAGUUGUUGUUACACGGACCUCUUGUAGUAACAGAGUUAUCCAAUUUACCGAGCAAAGGAAAAGAGUGGCAAGUCUUCCUUUUCGAGCAAAAUAUUAUUUUCAGCGAAGCUGUUGGCAAGAAAACGCAAUUUACAAAUCCCGCCUAUAUUUACAAGGCUCAUAUUCAGGUGAAUAAGAUGAGCCUGGAAGAAUGUUACGAGGACCCAGAAAAGUUUGUGAUUCGAUCGACGGAUCCUCGGAAGCCUAGCCUUGGAUUUUCUUGUAUCGCAAUCGAAGAGAACGGGCCGCGAAAGCAGGACUGGGUGGACACGAUCACUGCCAUCCUGCAAACUCAACGCGACUUUCUCAAAGCGAUACAGUCGCCUAUUGCCUACCAAAAGGAACUUACCAAAGAUCCAUUUCGUGGCGCGAGUCCGGAAUCACCGUGUCGAGGAGGUGUACUUUCAACGAUUUCUUCAACGAUACCACCGAACCUGUCCAACACAAGCGAGGACGAAAGAAACGAAAUGACAGCUAUCCGUGCCGCUGGUAAAGCAUUUGCUGCGGCAACCACAUCGAUAACAACGAAAUCGGAUCAGGAUUCUUUGCAAACGCCAAGCCCUAGCAAAAGCAGAUUGAACUUUCUCGAGGGAUUCAAAAGCAGCCUUCGGCCUCGAUCACCUGUGCGCAACAAUUCUAUCCCGAUCGUUCCAGGUAGCAGAGUAAGAUUAACCGCGGAUUGGGGCAAGUUACGAGCCGGAGAAGAAGUGGAGAUCUGUCGGCCGGACGGUCCGGGAGUGAUCGUGUCUCGAAUAGUUGGCAAGAUGGAGGAAUUCUGGAUUCCGGCCAGUCUCGUUCCAAAUUCGUCCAUCAGCCGCGCAUGGUCUUUUCGACCGCGAAGAAUUGAUUCCGAGGGAGAGAGCGUCCAUCUUCCGCAGGAUGUGCACGCGGAAGAGAACGGUCCUCCCACGAUCUUGACUAUUCCGUGUUCGAUCAGGGCGACGGCCGGCGGAGUGGCUCGACUCGUGCUGGAGGCACGACGCGUCGAACGUGCAACCGUCCGGUGGAGGAAGGAGGGACAACGAUCUAAUAUCGAGCCAACCGAUCGAUAUCGACUUUUCCGAACGUCCGAUUCUCUAUGUCUCGAAAUUGCACCUUGCCAGCCAUCCGAUUCCGGGAUUUACCACUGUCGCGUCGAACACGAAACGGGCUCUUGUUCGGCGAAAAUUCCACUUCGCAUCGUAGGUAUCAAUACGAAUGCUUGGUGCGAUACGAUCGAAGGUAAUCGAUCGGACGAAUCAAGUAGUAACAACAACAACAACAACAACAACAACAACAACAACUCAUCUUCGACGAUCGUUGCGCGUUCCAAUUUUACAAGUAAUGCGACGAAAGAUCGAAAGAUGGAAAGUAGUGAACGGUUUACCGACAGAUACAUAGAACUGGAGGAAUUAGGAAACGGAAGAUUCGCUAAAGUAUGCCGUGCAAGGGAGAAGGGAUCUGUCCGAGAAGUGGCGUUGAAACAAAUAUCCAGAGUAAGACAACGGGUGUCGGUGACACGUGCCGAGUACGAUUUUCUUCGAGCAACUCGUCACGAUAAUAUCGUGAAAGCGUUGGCUCUCUUCGAGGACCUACCCCAACCGGGUGUCGACACCAUAGUUUUGGAGCUGGUAAAGGGUCCAACAUUGUUCGGCCAUCUCGGUGAAAAGAACGAGUACACGGAAGCGAUCGUUGCCAAGUAUACCGGGCAAUUACUCUCGGCGUUGCAGUGGUUGCAUGCGCGUAAACAAGCUCAUUUGGAUCUGAAGCCAGAAAAUGUUUUGAUCGACAACGAAACCGAUACCGUCAAGUUGAUUGAUCUCGGUGAAGCUGUUAGAGCAGCACCGCUCGACGAGGUCCGUCCACCGGCCGAUUUGGAAUUCGCCGCUCCUGAAUCGGUUCUCGGUAAACCGACAGGCUCUUACACGGACAUGUGGGCUGCCGGAGUUUUCAUUUACGUGCUUCUCAGUGGACUUUCACCCUUCUUGGACGAUUCCAUUGAAGAAACUACCGCUAAUAUAUUGAAGUGUGACUUUUGUUUUCCCGACGAAUACUUUAACGAAAUAUCAGAGCAAGUUAAGCGUUUGCUCGACAGACUACUCCGUUUGCGCGGAGAAGACAGAACGACCGCUGAAAUUUCCUUAUCGUCAGCAUGGUUUCAGGUACCGAUCGGUGCUACGAUCCCUUCUUCUCGAAUGGCUGCCUUUAUCGAUCGUCGAGCGCAUCGAUCAAAAUCUCGUCAGGAACGAAACAGUAGUUUUUAUUCUUAAAUCUGUAUCUCGUUCACAUAUAUGUAUAUGUAUAUGUCCUAUGUCUAUGUCUAUGUCCUAUGUAUAUAUUCAUUAACGAAUCAUUUUUUGUAAAAGCUUGUGCGACCGAAUUGAGUAAAUUGAGUAAAUAAAAAGCAACGAGUUCACCUCGUCGCUACUUCUUACGA